UAGACUAGGAAUGCGCGUGAUAUUGAUUACCUCUUUUUGUGAUCUGAUCUUCAACAACCUAGGACCAGGAAAUGUGUCAUUAUUGUGGUCAAUAAACUUCCUUUUCCACGUGGUGAUUGCUGGGCUAGGCAGCUGAAUCAAUGAUGGCUGCAUCUCCCAUCAUGUCUCCUACUCUCUCAUGUUCCACACACAUGCCCAGGACUGUGCUAUGUCAGACAGCUAGGGUGUCUGUACACGGAGUGCCGUUACUGGGGGACCUCCUGGAGAGAUUAUUCAUUCACAACUACUCCUCUACUGUCUCUAAUGGAAGGAGAGGAGUGGAGUUUGUAGCACAGAGAAUUCUUGAAGAGACUUCGUUAGAACCGAAUUGAUACUAUCUGUUCUCUAUGCUGGUCCAUACCAGCAUCUGUCAAUUCCCAAUGGUGCAUUUUGCAGGUGUUCGUAUUAUUUAUUCACAUUAUGAUGUA